UCCCCCCGGCGGCCGGCCUUUUUCUCAAAAUCGGGACAAAGGAUUCAGUGAUUCAGUCCAGUCGUUCGCUGCUGCCGUGUCCGUAUGCGUGUCUCUCGUUGAGCAAGACAACAAAAGAAGAAUAUUAUAUUUGAGUAUUAUUCAUUCUCUAGAGAAAUUGAAGAUGGAGAGAGAAACAAACAUGAGGAUUUGUCCCUACAACGAGCAGCACCUCGUUCAUCGGUCUAGAUUCGUAAAACACAUCUUGAAAUGUGCUAAGAAUUAUCCACCGAAGUAUAAGGAAUCGUGCCCAUUCAAUGCAACUCACAUAAUGUUCCGUUCAGAGCUGGAAGAGCACAUGAAUUUGUGCCCCGACAAGAGGGGCGCCAAUCCAGAGUUGUACAGUUUUGUCAAGAAACAUGGAUCCCUGAAUACGCCUUCUCCAUCGGAGAUCGAGGAAGCCCUGACUUGCGUCGACACCUGGGAUGGCAACAUUGAGAAUCGACUGAAAGACUUCACUGAUACAAGCUCAGUGGCUAGCGACACUGAUGAAUCAACAUGCACACUGUACAACCCUGUGAAGCCUCCCACAAAUGACAUGAAACCCCUACGUCCACCAAGGGGAUAUGGAUUGCCCAUAAUGAUGCAGUUCGGUGAUAAUAAUGGUCGUGAUGAUGUCGAGUCAGUCAUGUCGAGUCACUCAGUCAGCACUCUGGCUCCUGGUGGUCGUGGCAUCAGACCACCCUCAGCUACACCGCUGAGUUCACCAGCCUUCCUAGGACGUGGAGGUGGUCGAAAGCACGUCUAAACUCCAUUCAAUACUGCUAUUCAUUUAUUCAAAACCGAAAUGAAUUCACUUGAAAGACUAAAAAAACUACUUCCUUUUGUUUUAAUAAAAAAAUAAUAAUUCUUAUUCUAGUAUCAAUACUUUGAUACACACAUUCAAAACUGAAAAAGCUUCACUUCCUUAGUUAUAAUUUUUCUCUUAUUUACUUCUUACUUCGAUAUCAAAAUUUGAUACACAAAUUCACAGCUGAAAAUGAACUCAAUUUAAGAGAAAAUUUCA